UAACUUUCAACUUUUAGUAGAGGAUGAGGUUUUACCUUUCAAUUUAAUGAUCUCUUGAAUUUGAUAGGCGAGUCUUCUGUGUGGGGGUGUUUUCCUUCCGUUUUCUUAUUUUCUUGGUACGGAUUUCAAAUGUGUUUAAAGAGUUUCCAAGGCAUUACUGAUAUUCCUUAGAAAAAGAUGGAAGCUAUCAAGAAAAAAUACCUUAUGUUGUUCAACUGUAUCUUGCUUGCAACUGGUCUCACCGGUGGUCCUCUUCUUCUCCGUCUCUACUUUAUCCGUGGCGGUAAACGAAUAUGGCUCUCGAGUGCGCUAGGAAGUGCAGGUUGGCCAAUAUUGAAUCUUCCUCUCUGCUUUUCAUGUAUCUUCAUCCGCGGUGGUGGUCUUGAAAAUGGUAGAAACAAAAGAUGGUAUAAAAUUUUCAGCAUCACACCACCUCUAAUUAUAUUUAGCGCCUCCAUUGGUCUCCUCAUGGGGUUAAAUGAUUAUUUAUACAGUCGCGGGGUUUCUCUUCUUCCUGUCUCGACGUCUACAUUAAUUUUGUCGACUCAUUUGGCUUUUACGGCUUGUUUUACAUAUUUUAUUGUCAAGCAAAAAUUCACUCGAUAUUCUGUAAAUGCAAUUGUGUUAUUAACAGUUGGAGCUGUACUUCUGGGUUUUCAUUCGGAUGGUGCUGUAAAUCAGUCCAACAAAGAUUACUACUUGGGCUUUUUUCUCACGGUUGGAGCUGCUGUGACCAGCGGAUUGUUGUUUCCCUUGGUGGAAUUGAUGUAUAUAAAAACUAAGCAAAGCUUAACUUACAGUUUACUAAUAGAAAUGCAGAUUGUGUCGUCUGUGGUUGCUUCUCUUUUCUGCAUUGUUGGGAUGUUUGUCAACAACGACUUCAAGGCAAUUCCAAGAGAAGGCAAAGAAUACGAGCUUGGGGAGGUCAAGUAUUACGUAGUUUUAGUAGCUAUUGCAAUUCUGUGGCAGAUUUACUUCAUUGGAACAGCAGGAGUUAUCUUCUGUUCGACAUCUUUGCUUGCUGGUGUUAUUGUUGCCGUUAUGGUACCCAUUACAGAGAUUCUAGCGAUUUUAUUCUACCACGAGAGUUUUAAAUCUGAAAAAGGCAUUGCUUUGUUCCUCUCACUCUGGGGUUUCAUGUCCUACUUUUGUGGUGACUACAUGAAAGCAAAGAAGCGGAGUUCAGAAUUAGGUCCAGGUGAAAACCUCCCUCCAGAAACCAACUUGCAGUAAUCUAAUACAAGGUUAUUUAUUGUUUGAGAGUAUUUUGCUGCACUCCUAUAAACUAGGGUGCACAUUCUCCGCAAAAUCACUGAACUCAUUUGUAAACCACUUUGUUAUUAUUCUUUCUUAUAUUUCCAAUUUAUAUAUCAAUUGUUAAAACUUAAAUAAUUAUCAAAUACUAAUUGAGAUGGGAAAUGUGCACCUCAGUUUUUAGGAGGUGAGAAUGUGAAUCGUGAUGAUAUUUCGAAGAAGUCUAAAUCCAUAUCUCCAUAUUUUUGGAAA